AUGUUGAACUGCAUCAACACGAAGAGCUGGGACGAUCCAUGCCUCCGCUACCUAGCCCUCGACUUCAACACCAACUUCGAUGCGGCCAAUGAGACCAUUCGUGCAACCGGGACGGAAGAGUUAAUCGGACAACUUCAGCGGUUGCUUGAAGCUGUUCCGAGUUAUCAUUCGACCUUCGUUGACGUUGCGGCAGAGGUGAAUGAACGAGCUGGCAAGGGCACUGUUUGGGUUCUUCGAACGCUGAGCGGCUUUCCAGAUGGUCUCCGACGGGAGAGCGUCAGCGCCAUGGACUGGGAGCGACUUCAAGGCUCAUGGUAUCUUGUUCGCCACAGAGGCAUUCGUGGAGCGCCUGGGAGUGACUUCGGAGAGGAUGCGGAUGGACUGCUCACCAACAACGAGACAGUGCUUAAUUCUGAGAGCUGA